ACACUCUCACUGAAUCCCUUCAGGCGCUUUACACCACUUGCUUUCCAGCAACAAACCUUUACAGCCAGCACCGCUACUAUAAGAAACAAUGGCAAGCAGCAAAGUGUGUAUCCUGGCAGUACUCUGCUCCCUCGUCAUCGUCACUACCUUUAUCGGCAGCACACAGUCAGCGAGCUGCUGCAUGAUGUACACCUCCCGUCGUCUGCCAUGCCAUCGCCUGCUGGGCUACACCAUUCAGACCAUCAUCACCUCCUGCGACAUCAAAGCUGUUAUAUUCCACCUUCCAGGCAAGUUUGUGUGUGCAGACCCUUCAGCCAAGUGGACUCAGAGAGGGAUGAAAUGUAUCAAUGAAAGGAGGAGGAAGAACGUUCAGAUCUCUGGGAAGGAAACCGCCACGUCAGCAUAAUCUCUACAGAGCAGUUGACUUCUGCAGCACAUGACUUUACUUCUUAUGCACCCAAGAACCCUGAUAGUAACUGUAAUGUGAUUUUUGUAAAUUACAAUUUAAUAUCUCAUUAUAUUCAUUCUGUUUUAUAAACAGGGAAGUGUAGUACAUAGUAUACACAUUAAACGGUACGUUGUAGCGACAGAGCGUCAACGACAAAAAUUAUGAAAACAUUGUUUUCGAGAAGUGUGUUUAUAUAUAUAAAUGUUAUAUAUUGCGUGUUGCUGAUGUCAGAGAAAUAGUAUGAAAAUGGGAAGUUUUGCUUAUAAUUUAUUAAAAUAGUUGU